UCUGGCCUCUAUUCCUGGGAAGGCGUGCAGAAGUAAAGAUGGAGGCCGGAGAGGGGCGCUUUCCUAAACAAAGGCAAGUCUUGAUUCUCCUUCUCUUAAUGGGGGUUCAGGCGGGCUGGGAACCCCAUCGCUAUUAUGUGAUGGAGGAAACAGAGAGCGGCUCUUUUGUGGCCAACCUGGCCAAGGACCUAGGGCUGGGAGUAAGGGACCUAGCUGCGCGGGGAGCCCGAGUGGUCUCUGAGGAUAACAAGCCACUCUUGCAGCUUGACCUGCAGACCGGAGAGCUGAUAUUAAAUGAGAAACUGGACCGGGAGGAACUCUGCGGCCCCACCGAUCCCUGUGUAAUGCAUUUCCAAGUGUUACUGAAAAAAACAACGGAAGUAUUUCGAGCGGAGCUAUUGGUUAGAGAUAUAAACGAUCAUUCUCCUGAGUUUCCUGAAAGAGAAAUGACUCUUAAAAUCCCAGAGAACAGCCCUCCUGGGAGCGUGUUUCCUCUGAAAAAAGCCCAGGACUUGGACGUGGGCAACAACAACGUUCAAAACUACAAUAUUGGUCCCAACUCUCAUUUCCACGUUUCCACCCAUAACCGGGAAGACGGCAGGAAAUACCCAGAGCUGGUACUGGACAAAGAGCUGGAUCGCGAGGAGCAGGCGGAGCUCAGAUUAACCCUGACAGCGCUGGAUGGCGGCUCACCACACCGAUCUGGCACGGUCCAGAUUCGCAUCUUGGUCUUGGACGUCAAUGACAACGCCCCCGAGUUUGCGCAGAUGCUCUAUGAGGCGCAGGUCCCAGAGAGCAGCCCCGUAGGCUCCCUAAUUGUCAAGGUCUCCGCUAGGGAUUUAGACACUGGGACAAAUGGAGAGAUAUCAUACUCACUUUUUUACAGUUCUCAGGAGAUAAGUAAAACUUUUGAGCUAAGCAGCGUUUCAGGAGAAAUUCGAUUAAUUGAAAAACUAGAUUUUGAGACAAUAUCUGCAUUUGAGCUAGAUAUAGAGGCGUCUGAUGGCGGGGGACUUUCUGGGAAAUGCAGUGUUUCUAUUAAGGUGCUGGAUGUUAAUGAUAACUCUCCAGAACUAACUAUUUCGUCACUUACCAGCCCAAUUACCGAAAAUUCUCCCGAGACAGAAGUGGCCCUCUUUAGGAUUAGAGACCGAGAUUCUGGGGAAAAUGGAAGAAUGGUUUGUUCCAUUCAGGAUGAUAUUCCGUUUGUGCUGAAACCUUCCGUUGAGAAUUACUACAGGCUGGUAACAGAAGGAGCACUGGAUAGAGAGACGACAGCCGAGUACAACAUCACCAUCACCGUCACCGACUUGGGGACACCCAGGCUCAAAACCGAGCACACCAUAACCGUGCAGGUCUCCGACGUCAACGACAACGCCCCUGCCUUCACACAAAGCUCCUACACCCUGUUCGUCCGCGAGAACAACAGCCCCGCCCUGCACAUCGGCAGCGUCAGCGCCACAGACAGAGACUCGGGCACCAACGCCCAGGUCACCUACUCGCUGCUGCCGACCCACGACCCGCACCUGGCCCUCGCCUCCCUGGUGUCCAUCAACGCGGACAGCGGACACCUGUUCGCCCUGCGGUCGCUGGACUACGAGGCCCUGCGGGCGUUCGAGUUCCGCGUGGGCGCGGCAGACAGAGGCUCCCCCGCGCUGAGCAGCGACGCGCUGGUGCGCGUGGUGCUGGUGGACGACAACGACAACGCGCCCUUCGUGCUGUACCCGCUGCAGAACGGCUCUGCGCCCUGCACCGAGCUGCUGCCCAGGCAGGCCGAGGCGGGCUCCCUGGUGACCAAGGUGGUGGCGGUGGAUGGCGACUCGGGCCAGAACGCCUGGCUGUCGUACCAGCUGCUCAAGGCCACGGAGCCCGGGCUGUUCGGCGUGUGGGCGCACAACGGCGAGGUGCGCACGGCCCGGCUGCUGAGCGAGCGCGACGCGGCCAGGCACAGACUGCUGGUGCUGGUCAAGGACAAUGGCGAGCCGCCGCUGUCGGCCACCGUCACGCUGCACGUGCUGCUGGUGGACGGCUUCUCCCAGCCCUACCUGCCGCUGCCGGAAGCGGCGCCGGAGCGGGCGCAGGCCGACUCGCUCACCGUCUACUUGGUCAUCGCGCUGGCCUCGGUCACCUCGCUCUUCCUGUUCUCGGUGCUCCUGUUGGUGGCGGUGCGGCUGUGCAGGAGGCGCAGGGCGGCCUCGGAGGGCCGCUGCUCGGUGCCUGGGGGCCGCUUUCCGGGCCACCUGGUGGACGUCAGCGGCACGGGGACCCUGUCCCAGAGCUACCAGUAUGAGGUGUGUCUGAUGGGAGGCUCAGAGAGUAAUGAGUUCAAAUUCUUGAAACCUAUCUUCCCUAGUAUUCUGGGUCAGGACUCUGGGAGGAAAUUAGAAGGUAAUCCAACUUUCCAGAGUAAUUUAAGUUUCUGA